UAAGAUUUCGGAAACCCCCCCGCCACGUUUCCGGCCUCGUCGUCGGCCAGAUCGAGUUUUGAUUUCGUCGUGUCGUCGUCUUGAGUCAUUGUAAUUUUUAUAAAUCGUGGCCCAGUUUAAAGUUUAUUUUAUUUCGUUUAUUGUCUUCAUUUGAUGAAUUUAUCGUCGUCAUCGCUCCGGUUGGUGAGGUUCCUGAGAUAUCUGCGUGGUGAAGGUCCCCUGUCCCGACUUUUCCUGUCUUUUCCGACCAUUUUCCUCCUUGCAUCCCCCUUUACUUCAGUUGAGGUAGCUGGACGAUCAUCACCCGAGAGAGCCAGCGAGGAUGGUGGGUGGGGAACGGACUAGAGCCUAUCGUUAUGGCAUGACAUUGUUGUGUGUCGGUGCUCUUUUCAACUGGCUUGGCCUAUCAGACUCCGAGCACACUUCCGACCCAGUAAGGUUCAUAGGAUACACAUGCCUGGCUUCAGGAGCGCUUCUAGUAUUUAUGGCCAUAUGCUUUUGGGCCAAUGCCUCACAAAGGAAUCCACAUAAUCAGAUCAGACCUGAGGAAAAUGAAGGAAUUGAUGUUGUCGUCAAUAUGGAACCACAUGGGAGACAUCACAACAACAGAGAAAAACCACCAGAAUACGAUGCUGUUGCUGAUUUACCUCCAAGUUAUGAUGAUGCAAUCAAAUUGUCUCCAGCCUAUCUUCAGGCACCGGGGCAAAGUACAGAUAGAUUAUCAGAUGUAGCUGUUCCAACGCUAGGAGCUGCAAGCAAACCUUCAGACAAUGUUUUGGUUAAAUCCGUUGAUUCAUCGCCUCUUUCAAGAGUGAUAAGACUUAGUUCGCGUUUUCUUAGAAGGACUCUUUCAAAUGUUGACAAUCGAGGUGAUGAGGAGUUGCCAAGAACAAGCACCAUGCACAGAUCAAACUCUGCCAACGAUAUGAAAAGCACAUAAAGCAUAAUCAUAUGCUUAGAAAUAUCAUUCAUUUAAUUCUAAAAUGGAUCUACAAGGUUUACAUUUGCUAAUUCUUUCAAGAAGAUUGGUGACUGUUAUGAGUGUGUCAAGAACAUUGUGAUAUGCCAGAGUCAAAUACUGUUAAACAGGCAGUUAGUUAUUCACUUUUGAAUAUAUUCUGGAAAUAAAAAAUAAAAUAAAAUAUUAUUUAAGUUUAGAGAGAAUAGUUAGCAAGCUGAUGUCUUUUGGUCACAAAUGACUCAAGAAUAAACAAUAUCAACUAAAUAAAAAAUAGUACAUUGACAAAAAAGAAGUAUUCUUAACAUUUGAUAUUGUUGUACUCACUAAUAAUUGUUAAAUAACAAUGAAGGGUUCCCUUCUAAAAUUUAAUUAUUGUUUUCUUAUUAAAUUGUGAAUUAUGUAAAACAUACAUAUCAAGCUUAUCUCAACAACUCCAAAGUAUUAGUAAACAUUUUUAAGAAAUUAAACAACCUUUUAAGACUGAAUUGUAAUUUGAUGUAGAAAAGUUUUAAUUUUCCGAAUUUCUAUAUGAAGUUUGUGAUUUUCCUAGUGUUUAAAAAUAAAAAUUUUUAAAUAUGGUAUUUAGUAUAUCAAAUUUAGUUAAUUUUUGAUGCACUGUGAUAAUAGUUGAAUAAGGAUUUAAUUCUACCUACAAGAGAGAACCUUAGGUAAUAUCAGCAAUAUAAGUAGAAUCAAUUUUGUUUUUGAGAUGACUGUAACAAGGUUAUGAGGCUAUAUAAACAAAAAUAAAAUACUAAAAUUACAAAACAUCAUUUCAAAUUUAACAAAAGAUUUCAACAAUUUUUCAGAAAAGGACCAUUACUCAAUAACUCAAAAAAAUAUAUAUCACAUCACAAAACACAUAAUGAAAAAAUAAACAAUAAACAUAAAUAAUAACUCAAUGAAAUGAUAAUUUAAAAUUAGAAAAUAUUUACUCUUUAAUUAAAAUAAAUUAGGACUAGGCAGUUGAUGUAGUAUGAAUUUGGCUAAUGUAGAGUUGUCAUGUAAUGCAAUUCUGAAAAAAUGUUACAAUUAGAGGUUAUAACUAAAUUAAAAAUUGUCAUGAAUCAGUAAAUGAAAUAUGUUAAAUACAGGAAAUGGUGGUCUGCUGAAGAGGUACAGUUGUAAUUGAUUGAAGAUUUAAAUUAAUUAAAUGUAUCUUUGUCUUGGAGUAUACGGUUCCAAAGGAAAAAAAGUAAAUUUUAGUGUCCUCAAAUUAA